AUGGAGGAGGCGGUGUCGGCCUGUGAGAAACACGCGGUGGAUCGGCUGGUGGGUGAGCCAGAGCCUCCGGCGCCGCCGCCGGCCUCGGAGCCGGAGCCCGGUGGCGGCUCCCCAGCGGGCUCCACCGCGGAGCCUCCUGACGACCCUGCCGACGCCAGUCACGGCCAGCUGCUCGUUUGCCGCAACUGUUCCUUCUUCUGUCACGGCGCGUCGCGCAUGCGCGAGCACCGGCGCAUGCACCACGUACGCAGCUACAUGUGCGCGCACUGCGGCGUGACGCGCCAGAAAACGAGCCAGCUGCUGCGCCACCUGAUGCAGGCCGACCACGGCGAGACGGUGUGCUCGCUCUGCUUCCACGAAUGCGGGCCUGGUGAGCGCAUGGCCGACCACUACGUGCGCCACAACGACCCGCGGCCCUUCUUCUGCUCCGUCUGCUUCGCCCGCUUCCCCAGCCGCACUGGACUGAACCUGCACAUGCCGACCCACUCCAGCGUCAAACCGUUCGUGUGCCGCACCUGCGGCCAGGCGUUCAAGUGGCGCCACGCGCUGCAGAGCCACGCGCGCACGCACGGCGCAGAGAAGAAGCUGCUCUGCGACGUGUGCGGCUUCUGCACGCGCCACACGGGCCAGUUCAAGGCGCAUAAGGCGCGCCACGCGGGUAUGACGCACCAGUGUCCGCACGACGGUUGUCCGUUCCGGGCGACCACGCCGUGGCUGCUCAAGGACCACCUGGUGACCCACGCCUCCGAUAAACAGUAUCAGUGCGAGGUGUGCGGCAAGAAGUUCGGCCACGUGCGCAAUAUGCGCCGCCACGCGCUGCUGCACGGCCGGCAGGUGGCGCUCACGUGCGAGCGCUGCCCCUAUCAGACGACGCGCUCGGACAAGCUGGCGCAACACGUGCGUGCCAAGCACGCGACGGUGGCGCCUCCCGACAGCGAGCCGCCGCCAGUCGGCGACGAAGCGGCGCCAAGCCGCCGGUUCGUGCCGAUCCUCCCCAAGGGCGUGGAGGCGGCGGCGCGGCCCGUGGUGCGCAUGCGCCGGCGCACUCGCGUCCGUCGCCUGCUGCCCAAGCCGGACGAGGAGCGGCCGCACCCUGCCUUCGCGCAGAAGCAUGCUGGCGUGACGGAUGAGGCUAGCGGCGCCGUCGAGAGCUGCAUGUCGAAGGGCAAGGAGCUCAUCUUCAAGCGCCUCGGUAUGUGA